CAGGAAAGCAGGAUCUCCCCGUGCAACGCCAGAUGAAAUAUGUACACCGGCCCCCAGCUUUCUCAUUCGAGAAAUAGCGAGGAAAGCGGAAGGGACGAACGGAGUCCUGCUCCCUUUAUGCCAGCCAGCCCCCCUCCCAAGCCUCCUUGGCUGGCUUGAUCUUGUGAUUUGCUUUUUUUCUUCUUCCUUCCUCUUGGCAACGGAUAGGAGAAGGGAGUGACGUCGAGGCCCGUGUUUAUGGCUGUAUAUUAUAUAUAUGUACGUACACGCAUAUACGUAUUAGGUAUAAAAAGAGAAGCUCGACUCCUCCCUUCAUCAACAAUAUCAUAAGAUUGAUUUACUCAAACCAGCCCAUCAAGCAAAAUUCAUCUACAUACGAAGUAGUCACAUCUCAACAAUGUUGUUCUCACCUCGAGCACUCAUCUCUGGAGCCGCCGCGCUGCUGGCUCUCUGCAAUGUAGCAGUAGCAUUGCUUGUAGCAGAAGUACCUAGCCCGACGAUCCCUGGACACUGCUCGACUACGAUGGACGACUUUGAGCACACCACUGCUUGGGUAAAGACUCACGAAUGCUACGCCUACACCAGAACGAUCCAGUCCUCUACUUGCCCUACCCCAUCAUGCGCAUCUAGGCCAACAGAUGUAGUCUGCCCGCUCUACAUCAAGGUCUCAAGCGUCACCGUGCCAUGCUCUACGGACUGCUGCCCGACGACGUCAACAUCGUAUGUAGCAAAUGGCGCGUGUCCGACUUGCGAUUCUUGCCCUGUCCCAACUGAAUGGAUCACUUACACGACCGGAUGUGCUGGUACACCUACUAUUACAUCCGUGACGAUCGAGACCCCGCCGUGGAACACGCCCGGUGCUCUUGAGAAUUAGUAUGAGAGGAAGAUCUAGGGAACUGAGGGGAAAAGAAAUGUAGUCUGUAGCU